AUGCCUUCCCAGAAGACCUUCCGCACGAAGCGCAUCCUUGCCAAGGCCUCGCGCCAGAACCGCCCCAUUCCCCAGUGGUUCCGCCUGAAGUCGGAUACCAAAAUCCAGUACAACGCGAAGCGUCGUCACUGGAGGCGCACCAAGCUCAACAUCUAA